AUGACGAGUCAGCCCGCGAGGAGGGUUAAUUCCAGUGACAAUCCCAGCGAGCAGCAGGGGUCUAGGACGAGAUACCUCGAGAAGGAAUCGGCGGUGAUGAAGGCAGCUUCAGCUACAGAAGCAACUUCUGACACCGAACACGUCCCUCCCCCUCCGCCGCCGCCACAAGGCCCACUCAGCAUCGUCUUCACCGACAUCGUGAAAUCAACGGCAAUCUGGGAAGCGCACGCAGCCGCCAUGGCCUCAGCAAUGCAGACACACGACGACACCGUCCGUAGUCUCAUCACGACCAACGGCGGCUACGAAGUCAAGCAAAACGGCGACGGCUUCAUGAUCGCAUUCGGCAGCGCCUCCUCCGCGGUGCAGUUCUGUCUCGACGUGCAGGAACAGCUGCUCGACAAAGCUUGGCCGUCCGCCAUACUAAAGUCGACGCCCGGGGAGGAGACGACCGACAAUGAGGGGCAUGUCCUCUUCCGCGGCUUGAAGCUGCGCAUGAGCGCGCAUUGGGGCGAGCCCGUGUGCGUCUGGAAUGAGGUCAUUCAGCGCAUGGAUUAUCUGGGCCCGAUGGUCAACCGCGCCGCGAGAUUUAUUGAGGUCACCGAGGGCGGGCAGGUGGUCGUGUCGGAGGAUUUUCUGUUCCGCUUGCAGGCGGAGCUGGAGGAGGAGAGAGAUGACAGAGGCGACGACCACAAUGAGUCCAACUCGUCAGCGGGAGAAAACGCUCGCCAGCACCUGCCAGAAGAACUCGACCUCCGCCUCCUGCGCUCCGGGCGCGAGCAGAAGAACCUGACGCACCAACCGUUUCGGCUGCGUCUUCUGGGCGCCCAUGAGUUCAAGGGCCUCACCGAGCUGCAGAAGCUGUAUUUCAUCGUGCCGAACUCGCUCGAGGGCAGGGUCGAGCAUUGGCACCAGGUGACGCAUGUUUCGGGUGUCAAGGGAAAUGUGCGGACCGCGAUGACGGCGGCGACAACGGCGACGACGACGUUCAAGGAUUGA